AGGGAGCUGGGUGGCGAGGAAGGCAACGCCAUUUUCGCACAGCGUUAGUCCCUAGUGAUGUUAGACCUAGCUGGGUAGUUAAAUUAAAAGUAGCUCGUGUAUUUAGCUAACUUGAAAGAGCAUGUAACACAGGCGAAUAUGUCCUUUUUGUUUCGCAAUCUCUUGAUUUACUUUGGUAUGUAGUCACCGAUGAUGCAGCGAUAAGCAAUCAAAUUCGCGGCGUGACAGCUAUGUAAAGGUUAGCUAGCUAAACUGCAUUGGUUUAGGUAUCUCCGGUCAGUAAGGAAGACAAGGGCAAGAUAUUAAAUAGUUCGCUAGGUUAGCUGAGCUAAGUUUAUAAACAGUUAAUAAUUUGGUCUUUGAGGUAUACAACAUUUCAGUUUUGAAUCAGAUUGAAGUCGGACUAACACUUUACUUUGGGGCAACGGAUGUUCAAUAGAACGGAUGCGUGAGAACAUGUCCACCAUGGUGUGCUUGAAGGAGGAGGAAGACCCUGGGGAGAAGCUGUCCCAGGAUGAGAUCAUCUCCAGGACCAAGCAGGUGAUCCAGGGCCUGGAGGCUCUGAAGCAGGAGCACAACUCUAUCUUGGAGGGCUUGCUGGGAACGCUGCGCUGCCUGAAGCAGGAAAACCAGGGUGUCCUGGUGGAGGAGAAGUCCCUCAUGAUCCGCAAGUCCCUGGAGAUGCUGGAGCUGGGCCUGAGCGAGGCACAGGUGAUGAUGGCGCUGUCGGGCCACCUGAGCUCUGUGGAGUCGGAAAAGCAGAAGCUGCGGGCACAGGUUCGUCGGCUGUGCCAGGAGAACCAGUGGCUGAGGGACGAACUGGCGGGCACCCAGCAGAAGCUGCAGAAGAGUGAGCAGAGCGUGGCUCAGCUGGAGGAGGAGAAGAAACACCUGGAGUUCAUGAACCAGCUCAAGAAGUACGACGAGGAUCUGUCGCCAUCGGAGGAGAAAGACUCUGACUCCAGUAAAGAGAAUCUGGAUGAUCUGUUCCCAGACGACCAGGAUGACCAACCUCCUGGCAUCCAGCAGCCCCACGGUAGUGCAGCAGCAGCAGCAGCCCAGCAGGGAGGCUAUGAGAUCCCGGCCCGCCUCAGGACCCUUCACAACCUGGUGAUCCAGUACGCCUCCCAGGGCCGCUACGAGGUGGCCGUGCCCCUCUGCAAACAGGCCCUGGAGGACCUGGAGAAGACCUCCGGACACAACCACCCAGACGUGGCCACCAUGCUCAACAUCCUGGCCCUGGUCUACAGGGACCAGAAUAAAUACAAAGAGGCAGCCAACCUUCUGAACGACGCCCUGGCCAUCAGGGAGAAGACUCUGGGCAGGGACCAUCCAGCGGUGGCUGCUACACUCAACAACCUGGCUGUGCUCUACGGGAAACGGGGGAAGUACAAGGAAGCGGAGCCCCUUUGCAAGCGGGCUCUGGAGAUCCGGGAGAAGGUUCUGGGUAAGGACCACCCAGACGUUGCCAAGCAGCUGAACAACCUUGCCCUGCUGUGUCAGAACCAGGGCAAGUAUGAGGAGGUAGAGUACUACUACCAGCGGGCCCUGGAGAUCUACCAGACCAAACUGGGCCCUGACGACCCCAAUGUGGCCAAGACCAAAAACAAUCUGGCGUCCUGUUACCUGAAGCAGGGGAAGUUCAAGCAGGCUGAAACUCUGUACAAAGAGAUCCUUACCCGCGCACAUGAGAGGGAGUUUGGCUCUGUAGACGAUGAGAACAAACCCAUUUGGAUGCAUGCUGAGGAGAGAGAGGAACAGAGCAAGGGAAAGCAGCAGGACGGCUCCCUGUUCGGAGAGUAUGGAGGCUGGUACAAGGCCUGUAAAGUAGACAGCCCCACAGUAACCACCACCCUGAAGAAUCUGGGCGCCCUCUACAGGCGGCAGGGUAAAUUUGAGGCGGCAGAGACACUGGAGGAGGCAGCCAAGCGCUCCAGAAAACAGGGUCUGGACACAGUGCACAAGCAGCGUGUGGCGGAUGUUCUGAGCGAGCCGGAGGAGCAGGAGAAGCAGCGGAGCCGUGAGAGUCUGACCUCCGACACCACGGUCAAGUACGAGAGUGGCCCGGAUAGGGGCGAGGAAGUGAGUAUGAGCGUGGAGUGGAACGGGGACGGUUCUGGUUCUCUGAAGCGGAGCGGCUCCUUCAGUAAACUCCGUGCCUCUAUUCGCCGCAGCAGCGAGAAACUGGUCCGCAAGCUGAAGGGCGGUGGCUCACGGGAGAGCGAGCCCAAAAACCCUGGCAUGAAGCGAGCCAGUUCACUAGGUGUUCUAAACGUGGUGGACAAUGCUGCCGGAGACCUCUACCAAGAGCAAAAUAAUCAUCUGACAAACAGUCGUGACCUGAGUGCCAGCCACAAUGACCUGGCACAUUGAAGAUUAGAACUGAGUGGAGAGGUGAAAGAGGUCGUGGGAUCAGUCUCCUGACCCCCACCCCCAACCUCCAGAUCCUGCCUCCCCCUAUGAGCUAUCCCCCUCCAAUAUAAUCCUGUACAUAGCUGACUAACUGUUACACCCCCCCCCCCCCCUCCCCCAGGUUAAACCAAACAAACCCUUCCUAAACCACACACAACCGUCCAUCUGCUCACUACAGCUGGCUACAGCACGUAGGUUUAACAAUCUCAUUGCACUUUGAUCUAGUCGCUGGUUUUCUUAGAGGGUGUUUUUAUUGAAAUGUUUUCUCUUAAUAUCAAAAUAUAUUUUUGCACCAUGAGAUUAGUUAUAAUGAAGGACAAGUGUAUAAUGCUAAGUCAAGUGUGAGUGGAUGUAAGUGUGCACAUAUAUUUUUGUGAUUGAGUGCUCAUGAGAGAGAACAUUCAUUUUUAUUUUCUGUGUGGUUGCUUUUUUCUACCUUUCCUCCACAGAUCUAAAGAAUAAUAAUUUGGUUAUCAUUUUAAUGGAAUAGGUGAGCAGUUCAGGAGGUCGCAAUAUAGUAUCUCAUUCCCCUUUACGUCCAAAAUGAUGUCCUGUGUGUCUUUAUUGAAGUGAUAGCUGUGCUUAUAUGAAGUUUAAUGUUUACAUUUGGGUUGUGUAAAUUGUUUUAUUGUAUUUCCUACGCUGCUCUGGGGGAAUAUUUUGUUUCUUGGCAUCAGAGUUCUAGAAACUGAUAGUUCUGCCUCUUUUUAUAGUGAUAUUACUUACUGCAAUUGAAGAAACUGCUCAAUGUAUAUGAAGUUAUGAGGCAGGAGCGUUGUGUUGGCACAUGAAGUAUAUCUUGUCGAUUUCUCAGGAUUGUCACAGAACAGAAGAUCACUAACCAGGCUAGUUUUGAUAUUAUACACUGACUGCACAAGAUAUUUAACACCAACCUGUUACGGUCAAAUGCAAUUUCCAGUAAUAGGUGAAUAACAUUGUUACAAUCUAGAGUAGAAACAUUGUUUAACAAUUUGUACCAGUCUGUUUCUGGAUGUUAAAUGAUGAAUUAAGAGUAAGACUGUGUAUAAAGAGUGAAAUUAAUCUUAAAGGACUUGUACUUUAUGAAUAGCCAACCAAAAAGUGAACAUUUUUAAUGGAUCUAUUGCAGGUCUGUCACCACCACAUUUGCAUUGUUUUACUUUGUUCUCAAAACUUUAAAAUUAGUUAUUUUUCGUUUCUGGAGCAUGCUUUAUUUUGGUUCACAGACAUCACCCUACUGACCCUUGACAUGGGUGUGGACUGCUUGUUUGGUGGACUGUGUUAAUGUUGGCUGUUGAUGGGGAUGUGUGAUAUCGUUCUCUUAUGUAAGGAAGGUGACUAACAUUUGACUUUAGAAAGCAUAGGACCAGGGUCGACCCCAGUCCCUCACCAGGAACAGCACUAGUUAGGGAUAAAGGGAAAACACCGGUUAGACUGUCCAAGGAACAGGACUUAUUUUAAUGAUGAACAAGCUAACUGUCAUGAACAGAGUGAACCACAGUGUAGUGAGUAAUUUGCUUAGUAAAUACCAGAAAUUGUUUGAGCAUUUCAACCAGAGGUCUGUGGUAUAGUUAACUUUAUACUGCAGUUUGUAAAAAAAAAAUCUAUAUUUGGUGGCUCAGUAACGGGCAUAGGCUUUUCUAUGCAGAAUGCAGUUGGUAAUUUGAAAAACUUUUACAUGUGUAACACAACGAAGCAUGUGAUUAACUUGUGCAAACUUUUAGCCUUACCUUGUUAUGUGUAUAUAUAACAUCAUACUCUUAAAACAUUGUGGUAACAUUGUGCUUGUCAGAAUAGAAUAUACAAAUGCAAGGAACGUUGAUUUAAGCACAAACCUGUAAGCUAAAUAUGUGUUGGAUGCUCCCAUUUGACUGUUGAUCAGUUUGUCUGUCAAUCAUCAACCUGCUUUAUUUGUGUUUUCUCCAUUAUGUGUUCGCUCAGAAUUACUGGUAAGGUACUACAGUGUCCAAUUGAUUAGAAAGGCACAUCAAUUCAUAGGGCUAGACAUUGAAUUAUUGAGGACAAAAUGUAUGCUUUAUAUCAGAAGCAUUAAUUCAAGUAUACUGUGUUGAGAGAAAAUAGGACCCUAAUUUCUGAAAUGUAAUCACCCCCUGACCCUGUGUUUAUGACCAUAUUUUUACAAACUUAAAUAAUCAUGAAAUCCCUCAAAUGCCUGGGCAGAUAUUAUUUGUUCUUCAAAGUAUUGAUCCUGACGUAUUUUGCUUUACUGGCAAAACAGUAACGAUAAUGAAUCCUAUUCUUAAACUCAAAGACCGUUGUGGUUAAUUAUUUGAAAUUAGUAAUCCUAUGAGCAGUGGUACUCUUGAGUCACUGUUGAGGUGAUGCACAUAUUCCUAUGGAGAAGGGCAACAAGCCCUGAACUAAUGGUCGAAUUCGUUUUGCAUGGCCAGGUGCCCCCGCUUGAUCCUUUUAGACCAUUCCAAUGGUUCUUAAGGGAAAUCUCAACCCACCUGGUGCAACAGGCCAAGCAAAACUAACUCCACCAGUGAAACACUGUUGGGAAAUCUUCAUGAUGACAUUACCAUAUUGUUAGUGGGUCUUAACAGUCAAUGCACCAGCCUCUCUACUGUCCAUCUAUUCCUUUGUUUUUGAAAGUGAAAUGUUUGUUUGUUUGGGGUUGGCCUGGAGUGUGUAUGUGUGGGGAUGUCCUGAGAUGCACUGACGAUAGGAUCAAACUCCCAGCCUCUCUCCUUUAGGCUGCCUGCUGUGCUGGCUGGAUCAGCCCAUAAACAGUGGUGAAGUGUUUGCCCUUCAAAAAUAUAUUGUAUGAAUAAAAUAAUGCAAAUGUU